AUGUUCAUGACGUUCAAAUGCGGCAGCCAGGAGGACGCAACCGAGAUACAGAAUCUUCACGCGACGGAUCGCUUGGGCCGGCCUAAUAACACAUCCUAUGUAGCGUGUAAUUCUUGCCGCAAGAAAAAGGUAGGUUUCCCCUUUCUGACAAUCACGGCGAGAUAUCGUGUCUCGAAGUCUAAUACUGUAGCUUUAGCUUCGAUGCAGCCGCGAGAAAGUGGGAUGUCGUCGGUGCCAACAGCGUGGCACACGAUGUGUAUACGAUGCCCAGAAGAGUCGAGGCGGUAG